UGUCAGUGGAGGAAUAGUGCCCCAUCAUUAGUGUCAGUGGGAGGAAUAGUGCCCCAUCAUUGGUGUCAGUGGAGGAAUAGUGCCCCAUCAUUAGUGUCAGUGGGAGGAAUUGUACCCCAUCAUUGGUGUCAGUGGGAGGAAUAGCGCCUCAUCGUUGUCAGUGGGCGGA